AUGACACCAAAAGGAUUUGUGAAAGGCCAUUCACUUCACGGUAGACCAGAAGAAGACAGAUGGACUGCAGAAGGAUCGACGAACUCCGUGGACUUCCAUGGAAAUGACGGGCCGAAUCCGGUAGAAAGGGCGGCGCCCAAUAGAGUAGACAUGCCAGCAAUCGCUGGUGAACAACCAAGAGCAGAAGAACGCGAGUUCAAGGCUCGGAACUUCGAUAUACUCAAAUGCGACAUCGAAGAGUACGGACACACGCCACUGUGUCCAGGAUGCAUGGCCCAGUUAGUUGGAACAGCGGCCAGAGCACACAACGAAGAGUGUCGACUGCGAAUGCUGAUGGAAUCCGCAGAAGGAAGAGCAAGAGUGAACAAGGCCAAAGAAAGAGUGGAAAAGGACUAUGGAAGAAGAAGAAGAAGCAAGAAAGCCAAGGAACAACCUGCGCUGGAAGGCAGACCGCCCCCUGAUGCUCCAAAAGUUGCAGCAGAUGAAGCUGCAGGAGCACCCUUCGAAAGACCCGCCGAAGUCGAGGCUGGACAGCCAGACGAAGCACAAGGUAGAAGGAAAAGAUAUCGUCCGACCCAAGAAGAAGCAAGAGGAAAGAAAAGAGAGGCUGAAGACAUAGAGGAUCUCGAUCUGAACGAGGGACCAGCGCCAGGGUCCACCGAUGAUCCUGAAGUCGUGGUUCAACAUCAGAUAGGAGGUUCAAGCAGCCCGGGAGUACAGCGACCGGAACCUGUACCUGACGUCGCAAUGCCUGAAGGAGGUCAAGCAGAACCGGAGGAGUCCAAUGAGGAGGCCAUGAUAGGUGCGGAUUUCAAGUCCGAUGUUCCUGUCAAUGAUGGUUUGUGUCUCAAUGUCGAGGAGAAGGGAUUGAAGCUUCAUACAGAGGCAGGAGUGGAAGAACAGUCUCAGAAACUGAGAAAGGACAAGACCUUACUUCUCAUAGGUUUGCCUCCGGAUGGACCGUUUGCUGACCUGGAGAGAAAAUACGAAGAACUGGAAAUGGUCACACAGGAAGAAGCCAAGAAGAGAUUGGAGAAAGGAAGAAAGGAAUUGCGUUCAUGCCUUGAAGGCUACAAACACCAAGUGCACGAAGGGCGUUACUACCUGCAAGAGUGUCCAAGAGGAAUGAAAUCUUGGGAACAUGCUCAAUACCAAUCUUUGAGCGAAGAGUCCUACACCGAGGGGAAGGUCAAAGAGAAGCUCAGAUACCCUCCGAAGUUGGUGAAUGCAAUUGUACAGGUCAAAGCGCAAUUGGUGCUAGAUGGAGAAAUAAAGGAGAUCGGUCAUGUGGGAGGCCCAGACCCACAUGAGGAAGCGAACUUCGAAGAACAUCACCAUGGCACUCUUCCAAAAGCAAGUGAGCUACGCGUCAGUGAACCAGUGAUCGACGCCAAGGCAGGUGUGACACUCGAUCCAAAGAAAGUGGCAGAAGCUCGUGCAUCCGAGCUAGAACGAGUCAAGCGACAAGGGGUGUAUACGAAGAUCAGUGAAGAUACUUGCUACGCCGAAGCCGGCAGACCUCCGAUAAUUAACGUUAAAAUGGCCAGAAACAAGGGCGACAGUGUCCAUGAGAACUAUCAGCAGACUGGUAGUACGAGAAGUAAAGAGUAA